AUGGUACCACAAGAUGGAAAUCGGGUCGUACUAGAUGAAUGGGUAGAUCUCUUUGAUGCUGCAGCGGAAAAAUGUUGUGGUGCGGUAAAGGUUCGAAUCGAAUUUGGUCGUACACCUGUUGAACAGAGAGAUGCGAGAGUAGGACUUGAACAUUUUGAAGUGAUUAAAUUGAUUGGAGAAGGAUCUUAUGGUCAAGUUUUUCGGGUGCGUAAAAAGGAUACUAAAAGGGUUUAUGCGAUGAAAGUGUUGGAUAAACAAAGGAUUUUGAAAGACGGGAAACAAACCUUACAACAUGUUUUGGCUGAACGUCAAAUCUUGAUCAAAACUAGAUCAUCCCCCUUCUUAGUCGGAUUAAAAUUCUCUUUUCAAACUUCAGAUGAUUUACAUUUAGUCAUGGAUUUAAAAUCAGGUGGUGAAUUGAUGUCCUAUAUGCAAAGAUAUGGUGGAAGGUUUCCUGAACCAUGGGUUGUGUUCUAUACUGCAGAAAUUUUAUCUGGUUUAAGCUUUUUGCAUUCGAUGGAUAUCAUUUAUCGAGACUUGAAACCUGAAAAUUGUUUGUUGGAUGCAACUGGACAUGUUGCACUUUGUGAUUUUGGUCUAAGUAAAAUGGAUAUGAAAGCCGAUUCUACUACUCGUACUUUUUGUGGUACAACUGAGUAUAUUGCACCUGAAAUCUUGAUGGAAAAUGGGUAUACUAGAGCUGUAGAUUUUUGGGCACUUGGUGUUCUUAUCUUUGAAAUGACGGUGGGAUGGACACCUUUCUUUAGUGAGGAUCGGGUGACAAAAUAUAGUUUAAUUCUUGAAUCUGAUAUCUCGGCCAAGAUUCCAAAACGUGGGGUGGAACAGACGACAAGAGACAUCAUCUUACAUCUUUUAGAAAGAGAUCCAACCAAAAGAUUAGGAAGUAUCUUAGGAUCAGAAGAAAUCAAAACACAUUCGUUUUUCAAAACUAUCGAAUGGACCAACCUACUGAACAGAAGGUUAAGACCACCAUUUAGACCACGAGUGGAAUCAGAUGCAGAUGUGACCGAUAAAAGAGUCUAUGGACUUUCAUCAUUUAAUGUAAUACCUUCUCGUAGAAGUUCGGUAGAUAAUUUGAAUAGCCAUCAUCAAACUAAUCGAUCAAGUGAAGCGUUUAGGAACUUUACAUUUUCUAGAAACACUUCGGGAUCUUCUUUGGUUAGAUUAGGAUUUGAAGAUGAAUUAGAUGAACAGAAUUGGGAAAGAGAAUCGUUUAGAGAGAAUGGAUUUCGUCAUGAUGAUGAUGAACUUCUUGAUCGUGGGCAUGAUCGGUUUGGAAGGAUUGAUGGAAGAGAAAGAGAACUUGGGAGUAAAGAUCGAUACAGGGUUUCGAGAGUUGGGAUGGCGUAUGAUCGUAGGUCUUCGGAAGUUGGGUAUUUAACUUGAAUCAUAACUUUUCUUUUACUUGCAAUAAAAGUUUUUUUUUGUUUUCUUUUUGAUUUUGUAACACCUUGUUUCGUUUUUGUGUGGUUUUGUGUGAUUCUGUGAUUUUUGUGUUUGUGAUAUUUGUGAUUUUUGUGUUUGUGAUUUGUGUGAUUUGUGUGAUUUUUGUGAUUUUUGUGAUUUUUGUGAUUAUGUAUGUUUUUGAAUUUUGUUUUUUUUGAUGGACUUUUUACGUAGAAUUAUUGAUCUUGCAAGUUUUUUGGUUUUUGUUUUGUUAGAAUGAUUGAUUCUUCCUUUGAAUAAAAAGAAAUCGUAUUUAGAUUGAAGCAUUAUAUAAUAUGAUAACAAUAUCAAUAUAUAGUAUAUAGUAUAUAUAAUGCAUAUAGAUGUGUUUGUUUUUUUGGUUUUGAAAGAGUUUGUUUGUAGAUGGUUUUUUCUUUUCUUUCUUUGGUUUAUAGUACUUGGUUGAAAGAGGUUUUCUUCUUUUUUUAUAUGCAUAGUACAGUCGAUCCAGAAUAGCUUGAUAAAAUGAAAUUUAUUUUUUUUAAUUUC